UUGCAUUUGUGUAUGAAGCUCAGGAUCUUGGAAGUGGCAAAGAUUAUGCUUUAAAGCGGUUGUUGUCUAAUGAAGAAGAAAAGAACAAAGCCAUCAUUCAGGAAGUUUGUUUUAUGAAAAAACUUUCAGAUCAUCCCAACAUUGUCCAGUUCUGCUCUGCUGCAUCUAUAGGAAAAGAAGAAUCAGACACGGAACAGGGAGAGUUUCUUCUGCUUACAGAGCUGUGUAAAGGACAGCUGGUGGAAUACUUAAAGAAAGUAGAAUCCAAAGGACCUGUCUCCUGUGAUACAGUAUUGAAGAUCUUUUAUCAGACCUGCAGAGCAGUGCAGCACAUGCAUGCACAGAAGCCUCCUAUUAUCCAUAGAGAUUUAAAGGUGGAAAACUUGCUUGUUAGUAAUCAAGGGAUGAUUAAACUUUGUGACUUUGGUAGUGCUACCACUAUAGCUUAUUAUCCUGACUACAGCUGGUCUGCACAAAAAAGAGCACUGGUUGAAGAAGAGAUCACAAGGAAUACAACGCCAAUGUAUAGGACACCAGAAAUGAUAGACUUGUAUUCAAAUUUUCCAAUUGGUGUAAAACAGGACAUUUGGGCUCUGGGCUGUAUCCUGUACUUGCUGUGCUUUAAGCAACAUCCAUUUGAAGAUGGAGCUAAACUUCGCAUAGUCAAUGGGAAAUACGUCAUCCCACAAAAUGACACCCGCUAUUCUGUGUUUCAUGAUCUCAUUCGCUCCACUUUGAAGGUGAACCCAGAGGAGAGAUUGACAAUCACUGAACUUGUGAAUCAACUGCAGGAGAUUGCAGCAGCUAGGAACGUGAAUCCUGAAUCCCCUAUCACAGAGCUCCUGGAACAAAACGGAGGCUAUGGAAACAAUGCUCAGCCUCGGAUGUCUGCAACCUCUGUUUCACAGAGCUCCAAUCCUGCAGGACAGCUCAAUAUGCACAGUGCAGGCCUGACCGUUGCUGAAUGUGACCAGACUUAUGGAGGGUUCCUUGACAUUAUAAGGGGUGGAACGGAGCGAUUUUUCACUAAUAUUAAGGAUACAUCUUCUAAAGUUAUCCAGUCUGUGGCCAAUUAUGCAAAAGGAGACUUGGAUAUAUCAUACAUCACUUCCAGAAUUGCUGUGAUGUCCUUUCCAGCUGAAGGUGUAGAAUCUGCCAUCAAAAAUAACAUAGAAGAUGUGAGGUUAUGUCUGGACUCUAGACAUCCUGGCCACUAUGCUGUGUACAAUCUCUCUUCAAGAACAUACAGGCCUUCAAGAUUCCAUAAUAGGGUUUCUGAAUGUGGCUGGCCAGCAAGACGAGCACCAAAUCUUCAGAAUCUUUAUAGCAUAUGCAAGAACAUGCAUUUAUGGCUGAAGCAAGACCAGAAAAAUGUUUGCGUUGUGCACUGCCUUGAUGGAAGAGCAGCGUCUGCUGUUGUAGUUUGUUCUUUUCUGUGUUUCUGUCGUCUCUUCACUACUGCUGAAGCUGCAGUUUAUAUGUUCAGUAUGAAACGCUGUCCUCCUAGCAUUUGGCCUUCUCAUAAAAGAUACAUCGAAUACAUUUGUGACAUGAUGGCUGAAGAACCCAUUAUUCCUCACAGCAAGCCUGUACUUGUCAGAUCAAUUGUCAUGACUCCAGUUCCUCUUUUCAGUAAGCAGCGUAAUAGCUGCAGACCUUUUUGUGAAAUCUAUGUGGGAGACGAGAGAGUAACCACUACCUCCCAGGAAUAUGACAAAAUGAAGGAGUUUAAAAUUGAAGAUGAGAGAGCAGUAAUUCCACUAGGUAUAACAGUCCAGGGAGAUGUUCUCAUUGUGAUCUAUCAUGCCAGGUCAACACUAGGAGGCCGACUACAAGCCAAGAUGACUUCAAUGAAGAUGUUUCAGAUUCAAUUCCACACAGGUUUUGUGCCCCAAAAUGCAACCACAGUGAAAUUUGCCAAGUAUGAUCUGGAUGCCUGUGACAUACAAGAAAAAUAUCCUGAUUUAUUUCAAGUCAAUCUGGAAGUAGAGGUGGAUCCCAGAGAUAGACCUAGCUGUGAACAGCCACCGUGGGAUAACAUGAAUAUAAAGGGACUGAAUCCCAAGAUCCUUUUCUCCACCCGAGAGGAACAACAAGAGAUUUUAUCAAAAUUUGAAGGAAAAAGUCCAGAAAGUGGAAUAGAGGACAGAUCAUCUAAAAGUGAUCGUGUUCAACUAUCUGAUGACAGGGAAGAGAGCAGUCCUUCAAAUGAGGAAUUCUGUAUGUUUCAAGGUGAAAAAAGUGCAGUAAUUAUUGAAAAAGACACUACUACUCUGGGAGGAGAGUUGCUUUUUGAAGCCAGUUCUGAAGCUCCAUCUGCACCAUUAAAAAAAUCUCUUCCUGAUGAAAGUGUAGACUUACUGGGACUAGACUGUGAUGUUUCACCAGAACAGACACAACCUGUCUCAGAAAUAAACUCUUUAAGUAAUGCAGACUUGUUAAACCAUCUGCUUAUGGGUGUCACAUCACGGAUUUCAGAAAAGCCCACUGGGGACCUUCUUGCCCAAGGGACAGACUUCUUUUCCAGCUGUCAGAGUUCAUCUGCUACUCAGGAUGCAUCUUCAGCAGCAGUCACGCCUUCAGCUAAUAAUUUUGAUACAUUCAUCAUGCCACAAUGUUCAGAGAAUCAAGCUCUGUCUGAUACAGACCUCUUUGGGGACUUUUUUAAUCCAAGAUCAACAUCUACACCUAGUAUGGUUCCUUUCAAUUCCACACACAGUUCACUUCCAGCUUCUUCCAGCUCAGAUUUCUUAAAUUUGGGUAAGUGAUCUUUGGCACCACCUAAAAUACCAUCUUCUACAAGCCAGCCAGAUCUCUUAGGUGGAUGGGAUUCUUGGGCAGAUUCCUCAGCAACCAGCAAUGUAGUGCCACCACAGCUGAAGCCUGUUUCUGAAG